GUUGGACGUGAAGGACGGCGCGUCCUUCGGAAUUAUUGGGCCACGAACUGUAGUAAGGUGUUGAUGGCCCGUUCCAGAGCUCCGUCAUCUUGUUUUGGAGCUAAGAAGCAACGGCUGGAUGAAGAGACAACCUCACGCUCAUGCGUCCCACGGAAUGGGCUAAGUGCACCUGGAGUUGUUAGGCGUGAAAUGUGUUAUUUCUGUUUUGAUGUCCUUCACAGUCACUUGCACAAUACUGAACCUCCUUCCGCCCCUAAAACGUUUCCAAAUAGUUCGUACCCACUAUUUGUUACUUGGACAUACGGAAAAGAUGAAAAGCUUCGUGGUUGUAUAGGUACAUUUACUGCCAUGAAUAUACACAGUGGUCUCCGAGAAUAUGCUAUUAACAGUGCCAUGAAAGACAGUCGUUUCUCUCCAAUAACCGAAGAAGAAUUCCCUCAUUUAACAUGUUCAGUCUCCUUGCUUUUACACUUUGAGGAGGGCAAGAACUACCAGGAUUGGCAGAUUGGUGUUCAUGGAAUUCGAAUUGAAUUUGUCAAUGAAAAAGGUUACCAUCGUACUGCUACAUAUUUGCCAGAAGUUGCAUACAAACAAGUAUUCUGACGUUUUCGCAUGGAUAUGGAGAUGCAAUUCAUGAGCGUAAACACUUCUGUUUCAACCAACGCGUUUCGCGUUCAAAUCUUGACCUGUCUACUUCAGCCCGGGUGGCUGGAUAAUGUCGCCAACCUUCUAUACAAGUGUAAGCGAAAAAUCUAUACUUUCUUAUGUGAUUGGAACCACGAGUUUCAGAAACUUCAAGGGCUAGUGUAACGUUUACUAUGAAUACAGGCCAAAAACAUCUUUGGCGGAAAUAUAAUGCAAUUUAUCUAGCGGAAACAUAGGAGGAUGAAUUACUGUGAAAAUCAGUGGUUAAACACCUAAAUUUUGUCUUAGCCAUCUUGUUUCAGGAUGUUCAGGAAACUAAAACGAAUACUGCAUGAUUAGCAGCGCACAAUAUAUGAUGAUUUAAGAUGGAUUAGUUACGGCAGUUUACGAGUUAUUCAGUCAAUACAUCAUUGUUUUAAGAAAAAAUUAGGAGUGGUGUCUUCAAAUCUACUGUUUUACAGUAAGCAAUCGAAUAUUGUUUGAAAAACAAGUUCAUCUCAGUUGCAGUAGUACAACUGGUUCCACGAAACAGUUGUCCAGUACUCCCAGGUUUUCCAGUGGUUCUCUAACUAAUGUCAGCUCAUGAUGAAAUCCUGAAACUAUCUAUAUCUCUUAACUGAAAGGCGGAAUUUGACUCCGUCGAUGGAGCAUUGGUAAGGCAAUGUCUGUUUGUGAAGAGAGUGCUGAAAAGUAUAUCAUAUCAGUCUAGACUCUACUGGUUCUGACACAGCUAUACAAGAGCUUACGGAGUAUUGUCAAAUAAAGUGAUAGAAACCAGCGGUAUCCAUCAGAAAUGCCCAUUAUUUCCCAUUAAAAAAUUUCAUCAUAGAUAUACAAAUAGAUGUAACCCUAGUCGACUUUAACGACUCAGUGAGGAGUCCCGUGGACUUUAAGUGUAUAGAUUAUAUAGUCCUUGUAGGUCAAGGUUUUGAUAAAAUCCAGAGUUAGAAAUGUAGAAAUAACAAAAUAGACAGGAUGUUUGGAUAAAAACCAAUGUGAUGAAUAAUUGUUUAUGCAAUCAGGGAUUAAAUAUGUAGAAAUAGUAAAAUGACAAAAUAAACACUAAGUUCGGGUAUGAAAAUAUGGUAGUGUAAACAGGGAUUAAGAAAAACUUGAAAUAACAUGAAUAAACAGGAAGUUUAGAUAAGAAAGGAGAUGGGAUGGUGAUUACUAAAAAUUACCUGUUUAUGAUGGCCAUGGCAAGGACAGGGGUUGGACGUGUUUCUUUUGUAUACAAAGCGUGAGUUUGAGCUUUUGUAUAGCUAGCGCCUCGGCCGUACCAUGCGCCGACUUGAAAAACGCUCUCGUGAACACUAUCCAGCCUGGCUAGUAAAAGGAGAACGAAAACGGGUAAAUAGUUAGGUGACAGAACAUCUGGUGAAUUCAGGACAUUCAGCACCACUCGAAAAAUCCUUCAAAAUCAUUUACAAGAUUCGAUCAAACCUAUCAAAGGGAGUAAAAUCAAGGCAUCUGGGCAUAGCCGAGGCACUAGCUAUACAAAAGCUCAAACUCACGCUUUGUAUACAAAAGAAAUACGUCCAACCCCUGUCCUUGCCAUGGCCAUCAUAAACAGGUAAUUUUUAGUAAUCACCAUCCCAUCUCCUUUCUUAUCUAAACUUCCUGUUUAUUCAUGUUAUUUCAAGUUUUUCUUAAUCCCUGUUUACACUACCAUAUUUUCAUACCCGAACUUAGUGUUUAUUUUGUCAUUUUACUAUUUCUACAUAUAAAAUCCUGAGUCUUCUGAACACCUCAAGCAAAAGUCUUCGGAUGUUUGGUAUAUGAUUCGCCCCUGUGAAAUAUAAGAUGUUGUACGACUGGUCUGCACCUUUUUUCUGAAGAUACGGAGUGAAGUGGUUGAGUGUUUUGACUAUCUUACUUAUUCUGGGAGUUUCAUCACCCCUAAAGGAUCGACUAGCUAAUCGUAAAGACUAAGUAUUGUGCAUCGUUACUUCAACUUGAAUGUUUCAGGUUCGAUCCCUGGACGAUGUACUCCUAAACUUUGUCUAGUUUAUCAGUCAGUAGUAAGCCCUAAAAGAAAGGCUGGUAACCUCUCCCCUAAGUAACUGAAAAGUUGGAAGGUCUAUUUUCUACUCAGGACUCAUCCAUUAAAAAAAAAUUAUUUGUUACUUAGUCUCCGGAUUCGGUGUAACAAAUAAGUAUGAAUGUUGUUGAUACUCAUUUGUUGUUAAUGUAGUUAAUUCUCAUUAGAUUGUAGAAGCAAUUCUACUAAUUUCUUUUGGCAUACUUGUAACGUAAUAGAAACAAUUGAUGUCAACCUUUAAGUCCACGUUUUAAACUGGUUGGUGUUCUAGUGGUGUGCCAGUGUAUGAUUUGUUUGCGACUGUAAGUGACCGCUUUAGGCAAUCAUUUUUCAAUCAUUGAAUAUCACAGGUCUAAAAUGUGAUCUCCAUCAAUUAGCGUUUGUACAACCAGGUAUUAUCGUUGAAUACACGAUGCAUAUUAUGUCAUUACAUCAGUAUUUUUAAUUAUAUUUCAAUAGUUUACACACAAUGAAAUAUAAUUAUACUUUAUUCAAUCUAAUCCACAAUGCUCAAACUUUUUACUGAUAUUAAAUCAGUAUUUUUGUUAGCUUUGCUAAAAUCUUGAAUAUUUGUGCUGGUCUAUUUCUUCUGAUAUUGUUUUCUUCUAUGUUGUUCAAAAGGAGCUCUUCUUUAGUAACCUUUUAUUCGUUUUAAUACUAUAUAAACGUUAAUAAGACGAAUUCCCAUUGCUCAGUAAAAUCAAAAGUAUAAACAAUUUUAUUUCGAUUUUAUUCCCUUCCAUUCCGAGUAGAACAUAGGACUUCAAGCUUUGAAGUCUCAAUAGCAGUGGUAGCAGGGUGGUUAGCCUCACACCAAAACCUCCUUCUUUUCCAGUCUUAAUAUGCCGGCUAAACAAGGUUGGUUUAGGACUGCGUCGAUCAAGAUUUGAGUAGCAGAUCACGUGCGUGUGGUGGUGGUGGGGGGCGGUUGGCAAGCAGCCUACCACUGAAUCACCGAUGCACAAAAGUAUUAACGCAUAGCGAGUAUAGUACUGCCCCCAGUGGCUAAGUAUCAUCAGUGUAUUCUGUUUAACUAUGUAUGCAUAUUGUUUCACUUUAUCCUGUUAAGGUUGGAACCAUUGUGAAACUA